AUGGGCAAUGCUGGAGUCCCCCUGCUGUUGCUGGUGGGGGUGCUGGGCCUGGCCCAGAACCCAGGAAGUGGAGGCGGGAAGAAGCCCCCUGUCCAUUUCUUGUACCAGGAGAAGACCGCCUGUCUUUUCCCACGUGAUGGGACGCAGCAGGUGCGUUACUUGGACAGGUACUUCUACGACCGGCAGGAGUUUGUCCGCUUCGACAGCCACCUCGGGAAGCACGUGGCCAUCACAGAGUUGGGACAGCUGGAGGCCAAGGAGUGGAACAGAAACAAGGUCAUUCUGAUGAUGAAGAGGGCUGAAGUGGAUCGCUUCUGCAGACACAACUACAAGGCAGCCAAGAUGGGGCUUGUGGUUGGCCGGAAAACCAAGCCCACCGUCACCAUCUCCCCCACCAAGAUGGACCCCGAUUCCCCCAACACCAUCCUCCUCUGCACCGCGACGGGCUUUUACCCCGUAGAGAUCGAGAUCCAGUGGCUGAAGAAUGGGUGGCCGGAAAAGGAGGGUGUGGCCUUCGGGGAGGAGCUCCGGAAUGGAGACUGGACCUACCAGCUCCAGGUGAUGCUGGAGACCCAGCCCCAGCAGGGGGAUGUCUACACUUGCAAGGUGGAGCACACCAGCUUGGAGGCCCCCAUCACUGUCCAGUGGGAGCCCCAUUCCUCCAGUUCUGCCAGGAGGAAACUCUGGACGGGGGCUGUGGGGGCCGUGAUAGGAGUGGCCUUCCUGGCUAUGGGGUUCUUCUCCUACCUGAAGAGCAAGAAUGCAAUGCUCAUCCAGCCACCUGCAGGUCACUCUGGAGCUGCCCUUUGGACCUCUCGGCUGAACUUGGACUCCCCUUCGAGUCCGAGGAGAUGAGAUGGAGAGCAAUCCCUGGUCCUAAAGGGGCAGAUUCUCGCUCCAUCCAGACCCUGCCCAUUAACCACACCCCUGCAGUAUGGGCCUGUUUG